GAGGGAGAAAGGCGCCUUGUUUGGGAAGCAGUUUCUAGGAUGCGGGGUGCCAAGCAAAGUUCUGUCUUAAGCAGGCGGGGGACCGCGGGCCGCAGGAGGGGCGAGUCCCUUCUCCCUGUCCCUGCCCCUUUGACAGCAAAGGGUGGGGCGCACAGGUGGACCCUCCCCACCCUUCUCCUGAGGCCCUUUGGAAAAUGGCCCCAGGCCUGAGGGGGGAGGGUAUACGGUCCACAGGCCCUCCCAGGGAGGAGAGGGUACACCGGCCCUCCCUGGUAGGAGAGGGCGGCAUGUGUGUUGGGCCCGGGCUGGGCCCUCUCGAGUGACGGGAAGAGGGGGGCUUCCCACCUGGGUGAUGGAGGCAGCUUUGGGGCGCGGGGCAAUGAGGAGCGUGCAAACUGAAAGUGAAACAGCUUAUGUCCAGGAAAUACUUGUGCUGCCCAGGGUUCACUGAGCCGCCAGGGGCUGUGGUCAGAACCCGGCAAAGGGGGAAACCGGGGGCCGGAGACAGGAGGACGAGGGGUACACGUGGCUUCCUCAGCCACCUGCUAGGCAGGCGGGGCAAGGGCAGAGACCGGCACCGGCAGGGAAGGCGGCCUUGCAAAGGAGCCGCUCUGAGGUUCCACAGACUGGGAAGCAAGUCUGACAUGAGCGCUGAGGAGAGAAUGGACACGUGUGGAAAUUCAGAUCGCCCUGAUGGCUUGACUAGCCCCGCGGCCUGGGGCCUUCCUUGUGCCUCAGUUUUCCCACCUGUGCAGUGGGCAUGACGGUGCCCAUCCUGCCUCCUCCCGCACGUGUAAGGAGGACACCACAGGCGCUCGCGAGAUGUGUGCGGCUAACAGGCCCGAGUUGGAGAACAGGACCUGAGGAAUGGCUUCCGGACAAGGCCCGGGUCCCCCCGGGCAGGGCUGCGGCGAGCCUGACCCCUCCUCCACCUCGGCUUUGGUCCCCAGAGGAGCAGGUGGCCCGGGACACGGAGGAGGUCUUCCGCAGCUACGUCUUUUACCGCCAUCAGCAGGAACAGGAGGCUGAGGGGGCAGCUGCACCUACUGACCCAGAGAUGGCCACCUUGCACCCAGAACCCAGCAGCACCAUGGGGCAGGUGGGCCGCCAGCUCGCCAUCAUCGGGGACGACAUCAACCGGCGCUACGACUCGGAAUUCCAGGCCAUGCUGCAGCACCUGCAGCCGACGGCAGACAACGCCUACGAGUACUUCACCAAGAUCGCGUCCAGCUUGUUUGAGAGUGGCAUCAACUGGGGCCGCGUGGUGGCUCUGCUGGGCUUCGGCUACCGCCUGGCCCUCUACGUCUACCAGCGCGGCCUGACCGGCUUCCUGGGCCAGGUGACCCGCUUUGUGGCCGACUUCAUGCUGCGUCGCUGCAUCGCCAGGUGGAUCGCGCAGAGGGGUGGCUGGGUGGCAGCUCUGGACUUGGGGAACGGCCCCAUCAGGAACGUAGUCAUAGUUCUGGCUGUGGUUUUGUUGGGCCAGUUUGUGGUACGAAGAUUCUUCAAGUCAUGACUCCUGGAGGGGCCCUUUGGGGUCCUGAGACCCCUGUGUGAACUUUGGCCCCAGCUUCUCCCCUCACCUCCUCUCCAGCAGGGGUGUCCCCCUGCCCCCCAUUAAGAGCACAGAAGCUUUAGUAAGUGGGCACUCCGGCUUUGGAGGGCCCCUGUCCAGGGGCAUCCAUCAGACUGCUGGGUGCUCCAACAUUGCAUGGUGCUAACGGGCCCCCUCUCGGAGGGGGGCGGUGGCCUCUCUCUUAGCUCUCUGGGACCCCCUCAGCCCUGUCUGCUGGGUGCUGGGGAGACUGAUAACUUGGGGAAGCAAGAGGCUGGGAACCACUUCUUCCAAGUCGUCAUUAACGGUUUUAGCUUUUUAUAAUACCCUUAGAAGGGCACCCCUCCUUCCCACCAGUCUGCCCAAAGCCAGGACAUCUGGGCUGUGGGGGUUAGUAGCCCUACCCUUCCCCAGAAUUCAGCAGUUCUGGAAGGUUGAGCUUGAAAGCUGGGCCUGGAGCCCAGACCUGGCCCUUCCUGAGCAUCGCGUUCCCCGGGAACAGGACUGGGGAGGGGGGGGGGGAUGAGGUCCCCGCAGCCCCCGCUCCCACCCCCCCCCAACCCCCCCACCCCCGCCCCGGCCCAUACUGACUUUGGAGGUGGACUCUCAGGGAUUCGGGGUGGGGUGGGGUGCAGACCAGAGCUCCUGAGGGACUCUGUCCCCCCACGUGUUACCACUUGCUCCCACCCAUCACUACAAGCAGCUCGCCACACCCCCCGCCACUCCAGGUGAGGAAGGGAGGGGUCUCAGGUGAGCGCACUGCCCGGGCCCCCACCUCGCCUGGACUACAGGGUUUAGGACUGCGGUUUGUAUUAUCAGGGAAAGGGGCAGGGAGCGCAUCAUAAGUUUCUGAGUGAGAGAAGGGCUAGAAACACCACUAGGAACCCCAGGGCUGGGGCCCUCCCUUCUGGCCUGGGCACAGUGUAAUCCGGGGGUGUGCACAGGGGAACUGUGAAUACUUGAACUCCGCCCCAACCUCUACCCUCCGCACCCCACACCUGCCUGAGCCCCUCCUGAUGGUGGGGUCAAGUGCCUCGUCUAUCUUGCACAGCUGAGGGAUUCAGAGGUCAGGGGAGAGGAGUUCUUGAUUAAACCAAAUGCAGGGAGGGGACGCAGAGGGAGCCGGCUGGCCACCUCCCACCCUCUGAGUGUGUCUGAAAAUAAACUGCAACCCCCACUCAGACUUGA